GUUAUUUGAGAAGUAACAGAAGCGGCGAUUGUUCCUGAACUAUUGAAAGCUAAAUCUGUUUAACCAGGACCUCAGAAAGCCAGAAAGAUAAGAGGGCCUAUCAAAUAUGUCCUCCUCCCAGUCGUCUUCAAGGCGACAGUGGUGCUGUUACCUUUGCGAUUUGCCUAAGAUGCCAUGGGCUAUGAUCUGGGACUUUAGCGAGACUGUCUGCCGAGGCUGUGUGAAUUAUGAAGGGGCAGACCGUAUUGAAUUCCUCAUAGAGACGGCCAGGCAUUUGAAAAUAACUCAUGGUAUGCAGGGUGACAGGUCCCCGGGUCCACAGCCCACCAAACAUGGCCCAGGUGGAAGAGAUGGACCUAUGGAGGGUGGUAGGCCACCUCCUGAACGCUUUGAAAGGGGUAGAGGGGACUACGGAGCCCCAGCACGGCUCCCCAACGGUCUGCACAGAAUCGAUGACGGGGUCCCACAACAAGAUGUCAGUGGACAGAGCCCUAACAACGCCAGACGACCCAUGGUGUGUACCGUUCCACCCAAUUUAAUGACACAAGGCCUUGUGGGGGCUCCGCACGGGUUGCUAGCAGCUGUGCCCGGUUUAAAUACCAGAGUCGGGGGAACCCCCCUCACCCUCUCUGCCCCCAUGCUGAACGAGAUCACCAAGAGGCAGCUGAGCAUGGGCAUGGGUGUGGCCUCCUUCCUGAGCCCAGAGUUUGAGAAGGAGCUGAGGGAGAAGCAGAGGAACGCAGAGGCUCUGGCCGAGCUGUCAGAGAGUGUACGGAACCGAGCAGAUGACUGGGCCGGCCGACCCAAGGCUGUACGAGGGGCCCUGCUCACCCUCUCCGGCUGCACCCCCUUCAACGUGCGCUUCAAGAAGGACCACAGCCUGGUGGGGCGGAUCUUUGCCUUCGAUGCCAAGCUGACGCUGGACUUUGAGCUGAAAAUCUUUGCAGAGUACCCGUGCGGCUCGGGGUAUAUGUUCUCCAGCUUGGCGGCGCUGGUCAAGCAGAUGUUCCACGACAGCCAGAAAGACUCUGGGAACAAGGUGAUCAACUUGGGCCUGAAGUAUGUGGAGUACGAGAAAAGGCAUGGCGCGGGUGACUGGCGACUGCUCUCUGAGCUACUGAGUGAUUCGGUACGGGCCUUUAAGGACAUCCCCGGCCCUGACGUUCUCCCCCAGCCCUACCUGGACACCAGCUGCUCCAUGCUGCCCACAGCGCUGUGUCACAUGGCCCGCUCGGCACCACCAGCCCGCCUGCGCCGGAGGAAGGCUUCCCCAGAGCUCCAGGGUGGAGAGGUAGUGACCACAGAGGAGCAGCUCCGGCAGCACUGGCCCAUGGGGAUGUACCCGGGCAUGGCUAUCCACCUAGCUGCCUCCUCCCUACCCAGCACUAGCCAGCCACCUCCUCACCAGGAGGGCUCGGCCUCCCACUCCCACAGCAGUGACCCCUCCCCCAUCACAGCACUGAUGAGCGUGGCUGACAACGCGGGUGCAGCCGCUGGCCAGUCACCGAGAGAAGCCCCUAGCAGCAGCAGUAGUGGUGGUGGAGGCCUGGGCCACUCCUCCUUGGCAGUGAGACAAAGCAGCAGCAGCCCCAUGGCAGCCUGCCCUGCAGGGCAGCAGCGCCACCUGGCCUCCAGGAACGGGGAACCCCAGGGAGCUAGCAACUCUACAGGGGCCACCACGGCAGCUCUCCCCCUGGCUGGGGCCUCGGACCAGGGAGCAGGGGACCCCUCCGGCUCCUCUGGUCCCCCUCUCUGCUGCACCAUCUGCCACGAGCGCUUGGAGGAUACUCACUUUGUCCAGUGCCCGUCUGUUGCGACCCAUAAAUUCUGCUUCCCUUGCACCAGAGACUUUAUCCGGAGCCAGGGGGCCGGCAGCGAGAUGUUUUGCCCCAGUGGAGAGAGGUGUCCCCUGGUAGGCUCCAACGUGCCCUGGGCCUUCAUGCAGGGAGAGGUCACUACCAUCCUAGCUGGAGACGUCAAGGUGAAGAAGGAGCGCGACCCCUAAAUCCUCUGGGACACCUGACUAAGGCUGUUGACGCUUGAGUGGAGCGGCAGCCUGGUGCCUGCAGAUAACGACAAUCUCAACAGUUUCUCGCCACUUCACAGCCAAUCACCACGACAAUCCACCAGGUUUCCCCACCCCACAGCCAAUCACCACGGCAAUCCACCAGGUUUCCCCACCCCACAGCCAAUCACCACGGCAAUCCACCAGGUUUUCCCCACCUCACAGCCAAUCACCACGGCAAUCCACCAGGUUUUCCCCACCUCACAGCUAACCAACAUGAUAAUCCACCAGGUUCUCCCCACCUCGCAGCCAAUCAUCAUACACCUCUACCUCCAUGGGGCAGGCCUUACACUACCACACCACUGUCUGGUUGGAUGGAGGGUGACCAUACCCCCAGCCCUUGCUCACCUCUAAUACCUAAUUCACCCCUUUGUCCCUCAAACAUCAACUUAUUAGUAUUCGUCACUGACUUUAUAAACCAGUGGACCAUCUUUGGGAAGUAUGCACUUCAUCUAGGGCUUCUGAGUGGCGCAGCGGUCUAAGGCACUGCAUCUCAGUGCUAGAGGCGUCACUACAAACCCUGGUUCGAUUCCAGGCUGUAUCACAACCGGCCGAUUGGGAGUCCCAUAGGGUGGCGCACAAUUGGCCCAGCGUCGUCUGGGUUUGGCCAGGGUAGGCCGCCAUUGUAAAAUAAGAAUUUGUUCUUAACUGACUUGCCUAGUUAAAUAAAGGUUAAAUAAAAUACAUCUGUCCUGUUUAUAGUUGAUUUUAGGUCUGUUUUCUGUUUCGUGGAACAUCUUUCUAAUAGAUCUCUGAGUGGCAUUGAAAAAGACUGAUGACUUCCCUAAACCUUCCAGCAACGUAUAGACUUGGACUGUUCCUCUUGUGACCGUUUUUUGGGAGUUUGUUUUGCGUCACAUUUGCCCUUUACGUAAAACUGACUUUUUACUGUCACGGAGCUAAUUGUUUGCUCUUUGCUGAAACCUCAAACCAGCAGUUAAUGUAUGUCGCCAUCGAUUUAUAAGACAGAAACGGAGACUUUCAGUGCUACGCGAUACAAUAAGAUGGCUUUCACAGUGCCCAACAAAGAUGCUUUAUCCAGCAUGUAAGAAGUGGGAUGGAUACCUCUCUAUUUUAUACUGAAUGUAAGACCAUCUCUCUCGAUGGUAAUAGAUGUGCAAUCUAUAGUUUUGAUACGAUACUGCUUGUGUAGCCUAUACACGUGCGUAGAAACCAAAGAUAGAUUCAUGGUAAAGUAGAUUUACAGUGCCUAUAGAAAUUCUACAUCCCCCUUGAACUUUCCUCACAUUUUGUUGUGUUACAAAGUAGGAUUGAAAUAGAUUUCAUUGUAAAAAUGGAUCAACACAAAAUACUCCGUAAUGUCAAAGUGAAAAUAAAUUUUUUAAAAUGUUUUACAAAUGAAAUAACAAAAAAAAUGAUUCACUGUUAUUCAAUGUUGCGUAAUUAUUCACCUCCUUUAUUUAGGCGAGUCUAAAUUAGUUCAGAAGCUUGACGUAGGCAAAGACUGGGGAGGUUUUCAGGAUGAAAAGAAACGGGAUGGAGCUGAGCACAGGCAAAAUCUUGAGGAAAACCUGCUUCAGUCUGCUUGUACACCAGACACUGGGAGAGAAAUUCACCUUUCAGAAGGACAAUAACCUACAACACAAAGUCAAAUCUAAACUGGAGUUGUUAACCAAGAAGACAGUGAAUGUUCCUGAGUGGCCAAUUUGCAGUUUUGACUUAAAUCUGCUUGAAAAUCUAUGGCAAGACUUGAAAAUGGCUGUCUAGCCAUGAUCCCAAACACCUUGACAGAGCUUGGAAGAAUUUUGAAAAGAAUAAUGGGCAAAUAUUCCACAAUACAUGUGUGCAAAGCUCUUUUGAGACUUACUCAAGAGACUCAUAAUCGCUGCCAAAGGUGAUUCUAACAUGUAUUGACUCAGGGGGGUGAAUACUUAACCAAUCAAGGUAUAUUAGUGUUUGAUUUUUAAUUAGUCUUAACAUUUUUUUAAAUAAUGUACUUUGACAUUAUAUUACAGUAUUUUGUGUAGAUUGUUGAAGAAAAAAAAAGUGAAUCCAACUUUGUAAUGUAACAAAAUGUGAAAAAAAAGUUCAAGGGGGUUGUAGACUUUCUGUAAUCUUACUAUUUGAGUGUUAAAUGACUUUAUUAUUUCAAUAUGUGCCAGGGAAAUAGUGGGUGAAAUGGUUCUUGUUAGGAUAGUUAUAGGUUAUCUGUUAACUGAAGUUGUAGAGGGUGUAGAGAUUAAACUAAUAUUGUGUACUUUUAUGAUGUUUAAUUUAAAGGAAUUUACUCUAUGUAAAGUCAAAGGUUUUUUUUCUAUAUUGACUGAGAUUCAAGUUUUUCACGUGAUCCUCUUGAUUAUUUUUUAAAAAGUUCUAUAAAAUCCCUGUUUUAUGCUCUGUUUUACCAAUGAACUUAACUCUUUGAAUUGUUUAAAAGAUAAUAUAUACAUGUAUAUCAAAAUACUUCUCUGUCAGGUUUUCCUUAACCUUUUAUGUUCGUCACCAAAAUUUUAUAUAUUAAUUGAAUUAUCAAUUUGCAAAGCUGGUGCCAAUCAAUACCUUACCAUGUGCAUGUGUGAAUAUGAAAUGGAAUGAGGACAAGACAUCAAGCCAUUGCUGAUCACAUUGGCAUGAAUGUAUACUGUACACUAGUAGCUGUAUCUGAAAGUGUAUGUAGUACUAAAAUUAGGCCUCUUAGUUAUCUAAAAUUACAGUAAGUCAAAUGUAGCCCUCACAACAAAAAAUGAAUUUCCUACAAAAGCACUAUGUUCAUCCUCAAGUGAUUGGUAGUCCCAUAGGGCAGCGCACAAUUGGCCCAGUGUUGGCCCGAGGUAGGCCGUCAUUGUAAAUAAGAAUUUGUUCAUAACUGACUUGCCUAGCUAAAUUAAAAAAUACAUUU